AAUUAAAAUAUUAAUAAGCGAAGAAUAGUGAACCCUAAGUGAGGAUACACUAUACUCCGGUAGCCGCUGUGUUGGUGAGUGAGUUGUGGUGCUUUUGAAAGAUGAGGCCGAUUCUGAUGAAAGGUCAUGAGAGGCCAUUGACGUUCCUGAAAUACAACAGGGACGGCGAUCUCCUCUUCUCCUGCGCCAAGGACCACAACCCUACCGUCUGGUUUGCCGACAACGGCGAACGCUUGGGCACUUAUCGCGGCCACAACGGCGCCGUUUGGACCUGCGACGUCUCAAGAGAUUCGGCUCGACUCAUCACGGGAAGUGCCGAUCAGACCGCCAAGCUAUGGGACGUGCAAAGCGGCCUGCAAUUAUACACCUUCAACUUCGAUUCCCCGGCCAGGUCCGUCGAUUUCUCUGUCGGCGAUAAGCUCGCCGUUAUCACCACUGACCCCUUCAUGGAGUUGCCCUCCGCAAUCCAUGUCAAACGCAUCGCCAACGAUCCAUCCCAACAGAUCGGGGAAUCUGUGCUUCUCAUUAAGGGUCCUCAGGGAAGGAUUAACAGAGCUAUCUGGGGACCCCUUAACACAACCAUUAUCAGUGCUGGCGAAGAUGCUGUUAUUCGUAUUUGGGAUUCCGAGACCGGAAAACUGCUUCAAGAGUCCGACAAGGAAUCUGGCCAUAAAAAGACUGUAACUUCACUUGCUAAGUCUGCCGAUGAUUCACAUUUCCUUACUGGUUCCCUUGAUAAGUCUGCUAGGCUUUGGGAUACUAGGUCAUUGACUCUUAUCAAGACCUAUGUCACGGAACGCCCUGUCAAUGCAGUUACGAUGUCACCUCUUCUUGAUCAUGUGGUUAUUGGAGGUGGUCAGGAUGCGUCAGCUGUUACAACUACUGAUCAUCGUGCUGGCAAAUUUGAAGCCAAAUUCUUUGACAAGAUUCUUCAAGAAGAAAUUGGGGGUGUGAAAGGCCAUUUUGGACCAAUUAAUGCAUUGGCUUUUAACCCUGAUGGAAAAAGUUUUUCAAGUGGAGGUGAAGAUGGUUAUGUACGGUUGCACCACUUCGACCCAGAUUAUUUCAACAUCAAAAUAUAGUGCCUGAUGGUUUGUGGUUAAAAUUAGGUGGUUCCUAGAAGUUAGCAUUUAAUUAUUCUCAACCAACAUUUAAUUAUAUAUUGGUAAUAUGGAAGAGUUUUUUUUUAAAAAUGAAAUUAUGCAUUUUUGGCUUAUGUUGUAUUAACAUUAUUAUCAUUUUUGGUUGGAGUGGCACUCUUAAUUAAGGAGUUUUUCUUCCCACGUCA